UUAACGUGACAUGCCAACAUUAUUUUUCAAGUAACGGGAAAAACGGGAAGAGUAUUUUUAGAAAAUGUGAAUCUUCCGUAGCAGUCCGCAAAGUAAUAAAUUGAAGAAUUUUAUCUCUACUUAUUCUCUAGCCUGGGUCUUGCUUAGAAUCUUUAGAGUUUAGACCAAUAAUUAAUUACAAUUGUUCUAAUAAUACAAUAUUGUUUAAGAAAUGGCUGAUGCAGCAGCACCAAACAGCCUUAAUACUGAAGAAGUAGUAAAAAAUUAUUAUGGAAAGAAAUUAAAUGCAUCCUCUGAUUUAAAGACAGGCGCAUGUACAUCCCAACCUUGCAAGUAUCCUAAAUUUAUCAGAGAUGCAAUGAGUCUUGUCCAUGAAGAAGUUACUUCAAAGUAUUAUGGAUGUGGGCCUGUAUUCCCUCCUGCUUUAAAAGGAGCAUCUGUUCUUGAUUUGGGCAGUGGUAGUGGCCAGGAUUGCUAUAUCCUCAGUAAAUUAGUCGGUCCUGAUGGUUCUGUUACUGGGCUAGAUAUGACUGAUGAACAGCUUGCUGUUGCUAACAAAUACAUUGAUUACCACACUCAACUGUUCGGUUAUUCCCAACCUAACAUUAGCUUUGUUAAAGGCUAUAUGGAGAAAAUGGAAGAAGCUGGUAUAGAGAAUAAUAAGUUUGACAUCAUUGUAUCAAACUGUGUUAUCAAUCUUUCGCAAGACAAGAGAGCUGUACUGAAAGAAGCUUACAGGACACUGAAGACUGGUGGAGAACUGUAUUUUAGUGAUGUUUAUGCUGAUCGUGAUUUGCCACCUGAAAUAAGAAACCACGAGGAAUUGUGGUGUGAGUGUGUUGUUGGUGCAUUGUACUGGAAAGAUUUGUACAAACUGGCAAAAGAGAUUGGCUUUUCAACUCCUCGGCUUGUAACUGCUGGACUGUUUUCAAUAGAUGACAAAGACUAUAAAGAUUUCUUGGGAGAGGCCAAGUUUGUUUCUGCAACAUACAGUCUCUUCAAGCUUCCAUCUGAGCCUGUUCCAGAAUCAACUGUAGUUUAUAAUGGAGAAAUUGAAGGCUACGAGGAACAAUUUGCAUUUGAUCACGGCAUCACAUUUAAGAAAGGGGAAGAAUGCCAUGUAAAGCCUGAACUGGCUAACAUACUCACUAGUUCACGAUACAGGACAUAUUUUAGCAUAAGCCCUGGUGAAAAGGGACCAUGUAAAUGUGCAAAACUGGAUAAAGAUCCAUUUGAUUACUGUACUGAAAGAGGCAACAAAAAGGGUUGUUGCUAAUAACAGUAACUAACACAGGCCUUUAAUAUGUGGUGAAUGUGAUUUGAUACUUGGAAUCAUCUCUAAUUUGUGAACAUUUUUAUUUAUCUUUAAUUCCAAAUAAUUGCCUUUGGUAAUUUAUAAUUUGAUGUAUUUUAAGGUAAUAAAAAAAAAGUACUAAAUAAAUUAUUCAUAUAUUCUUAAAAAUGCAAGCCAUACUUAAUGAUUAAAUGAAUUUGUUAAUAAUCAUAACCCUUCAUUUGUAACAUUUUCUCUUCAUAAAUUUGGUUCCAGUCUAAAGAAAAGAUUGUUAAAAGAAUUUAGGUCUAUUGAAACUUUUAAAAUUCUGAAACAUCAUUUUUUUUUCUGUUUUCAAUUGUAUUUGCUUCAAACAUAAAAUCUUCAGCUCCUUUCUUCAUUUUUAUUUUUUAGCACAAUGUUUAGCUCUGAUGUCAUAUUUUGUUCUGGCAUAUGGAUUGGAUAGUUUUUAAGAUUAUUAUUUUUUAGUAACUCCUGUUUGCUUUUGUCAUGGAUUUUAUUUCAAGAUGUUGACACUUCAUUGUUUUACAUAAUAUGAUGUGACUAAACCACAGUUUAGCAUGUAUGGGUUUAAUAAUCUGUAAGUCCAAUAAGAAAAUGAUUGCCUUGUUCAUAUUAACAAUGAAUUUGUUAUUAAUGUUUUACUAAUUAAUACAUUGUUAUUAAUAAUGUUAUUAAUUCACAAUCCUGAUUUAUCAUAAAAACUUAACUGUUACCAUUCCAGUUAGUUCUAAGAAAUAAUCAAUAUCAUAAAAUGUAAGCAGUGUUUCUUUUAGCCGCAAAAUAGAAAAAGCUUAUCUUCCCUGAGAAAGAUGUCUGGAUGAUAUACUGAACUUAGGCAACUAAAUGGGAAAAUAAGUUUUCUAAAUCAAGACAUGGUACUGGUGAUUUUACUGCAUGCCUCAAUCAGCCUACCAUUUUGUGUAAUUUGAUAAUUAGUGUUGCAGAGUUAAUUCAAUUUUAGAAUAGCAAUGCAGUACAAUAUUUUUUAAAAAAUUGUGUUAUUACAAAGUCAUAAAUGUGGAAUAAGAUCCUUGUAUCAACAACCAAAUGUUGUAAUCCAUUGCUUACGUUAGAACAAUCUUCUUUAAAAGUUUCCAUUGCAAUUGAAGACCUUCAGAGAUAAUUAAAAAUAGUUACUAAGAAAACACAGACCAUGUAAUAAAGUUUAAUAAAACUUC